AUGCUCUACUCCUUUGUUACGCUCACGACUGCCAUCGCUGCUGGUUGUGCAUACAUGUAUCUGUUUGGCGCCCCAGAAUCAGCUCUGCUCACCUUAUCCCUGUUAUUCUCGUAUGUUUAUAGUGGUCUAUGCCUCUCACUUUCGUAUCUCCUCGCACGACCUAUCCUUGGACACACCCUACGCAUUGGACGCAUCGAUAUCUUCAAGCUCACCAUCUGGAAUUUGAGUCUCGCCUUCCCACAUGCUCCACAGCACUCCGCCUCUCCGUCCACGACAGCCUCUUUCGUUUCGUUGUCCAUCGCUCCUCGUCUCCCCACCUUAGCCUCACCACGAUUUUUCACGCUCACGCUUACGCGCCCGCACUUCACCACCCCACUCUGCACGGUCACUGUGGACGCGCUCACCGUGCGGCUCAGCCUCUUCCCAACGCUCACGCGCGUCUCCGCUAGCCCGUGGGCGGAUGUGACGCUUGAUGUGCUGCGCCUGCGCAUAUUCUCAUCCUCGCGAACGCCUGCUGACGUGAAGAAGCUGCGCGAGGCACUCGUGAGCACCGUGUUCUUUGGGCAGAUCUUGAGGGUCGACGCAUUCAAGAUGUCGGUCGUGUUCGGGCCUGAUUUCUCUGGGAGGGGGAAGGAGCUGAAGGACUCGAGCGACUCUGACGAACACACGGACCCGGAAUCAGCAGACGAAGUUGGAGAUGCAGAGGCGAAUGGUAUCUCAGACGAGGAGGAAGAAGACGCACCUUAUUAUUCCCCAUUCGAGUCGUCGUUCCGGUCUGCGCAGCCCGACGACCUGCUCAUCCUCGCAUCGACUGAACGGUUCCACACGCACGAUCGCAAGGGCCGCAUAUACACGUUCGGCUCCGCCUCAGCGUGUCUCCGCCGCACAUGGGGUGCACCAGACGUGGAGGGUCAGCGCGGGUCGUAUCACAUGGAAGCAGUAGACUGCCAAUGGCGCCGACUUCCUCCGUUUGUGCUGGGCGAGCAGAGGAAGCACUCAAGCAUACCAUGGUACUUUAUCAGCCUUCCGUUCAGCAUGCCGGCGCAUCUUUACACGCUGAUUCACGACCCGCUGCGGUUCAUCGAUCUCUCAGUCCCGCACGCGUUCAUACAGUUCGAUGAUUUCAGGAUCCGUGACGCGGAGUUGGUCACGCAGGGAUUUGAGGCGCUGUCGAAGCUCUGGACGCGAGAGACGCGCGGCGUUUCUGGCCUACCCGCGCGCGAGUGA